GCCCGGGAAAGUCCCUGGCGGAGCCGGGGAGGCGGUGCAGCGGUCAGCUGAGUGGUGCUGGGCCGGGUCGUCACGCCGCGUGUCAGCCCGAGUCUCCCUCAGACCCGGUUGUCCAGAACCGUCCCUGGUCAUCGUCUGCGUCCGAGUCUGGAGCCCUGGCCUAGUGGGCACGAUGCCGAAGAAGCAGUGACCCCGAGAGAGGCCGAGCGCGGGCGCCGGCUUUCCAGGGAGAUGUCACGCAGGCUGUAGCGUCUGGGCCCACUCUCGUGUCAACAGCACUGUCACUGAUGACCGACAAGGCCCUUCAGGCCCAAGCAGAUACUGCUGCCAUGUCCCACCAACCACUUAGCUGCCUGACUGAGAAGGGGGACAGCCCCAAUGAAACCACAGGAAAUGGACCCCCAAAUCUGACUCACCCAAACCUGGACACGUUCACUCCAGAGGAGCUGCUGCAGCAGAUGAAAGAACUCCUAACUGAGAACCAUCAGCUGAAAGAGGCCAUAAAGCUAAAUAAUCAAGCUAUGAAGGAGCGAUUUGAGGAGCUUUCAGCCUGGACAGAGAAACAAAAGGAAGAACGCCUUUUUUUUGAGAUACAGAGCAAAGAAGCCAAAGAGCGUCUAAUGACUUUGAGUCAUGAAAAUGAAAAAUUGAAGGAAGAACUUGGAAAACUGAAAGGAAAAAUGGGAAGGUCAUUUGAGGACCCCAUUGGGGACUCGAAGGUCCCCAAGGCAGAAACGGACCAGGAAAUAGAGCAGCUGAAAACCCAGGUGGCACGCCUUCAAGCUGAAAAGGCAGAUCUGCUGGGCAUUGUGUCCGAAUUACAGCUCAAGCUGAACUCAGACGGCCCCUCUGAAGACUCCUUUGUUGAAAUUAGGAUGGCUGAAGGAGAAGCAGGUGUGGCACUGAAAGAAGUCAAGACAAGCUCUGGGCCUAUAAGAACUGAUUCCCUGGACAUGUUGUACGUGAGGAAAAGCCAAGGCUGUCUUUUGGACAGACACACUGGACAGUCCUGUCACUUUCAGCUUGACAGUGGGAAGCUAACGAGCAGAUCUGCAGAAGGUGCCAGGAACUAUUUGGAAUUUGAAGAACUAACUGUGAGCCAGCUCCUCCUUUGCCUAAGGGAAGGAAACCAGAAGGUGGAGAGACUUGAAAUGGCACUCAAGGAAGCCAAAGAAAGAAUUUCAGAUUUUGAAAAGAAAGCCAAUGAUCAUUCUGAGAUUGAAACCCAGACAGAGGAGAGCACAGAAAAUGAGAAAGAAGAGGAGAAAGGUCUAGAAACUGUUGGAAGCGAAGUGGAAACGUUGAACCUUCAGGUGACAACCCUGUUUAAGGAGCUUCAAGAGGCUCAUGCGAAACUCAGUGAAGCUGAGCUAAUGAAGAAGAGACUUCAAGAAAAAUGUCAGGCCCUUGAAAGGAAAAAUUCUGCAAUACCAUCAGAGCUGAAUGAAAAGCAAGAGCUUGUUUAUAAUAACAAGAAAUUAGAGCUGCAAGUGGAAAGCAUGCGAUCAGAAAUCAAAAUGGAGCAAGCCAAAACAGAGGAUGAAAAGUCCAGAUUAGCCACUCUGCAGUUGACACACAACAAGCUUCUUCAAGAAUACAAUAAUUCAUUGAAAACAAUUGAAGAACUAAAAAGGAAAGAGUCAGAAAAAGUGGAUAAGGUGGUGCUGCAGGAACUACAUGAAAAACUGGACCUGGCAGAGAAGGCACUGGCUUCCAAGCAGCUUCAGAUGGAUGAGAUGAAGCAGACCAUCGCCAAGCAGGAGGAGGACCUGGAAACCAUGGCUGUUCUCAGGGCUCAGAUGGAGGUUUACUGUUCAGACUUUCAUGCUGAAAGAGCAGCAAGAGAGAAAAUUCAUGAAGAAAAGGAACAGCUGGCCUUGCAGCUGGCAAUUUUGCUGAAAGAGAAUGAUGCUUUUGAAGAUGGAGGCAGUAGGCGGUCCUUGAUGGAAAUGCAGAGCCGCCAUGGGGCAAGAACAAGUGACCCUGACCAGCAGGCUUACCUUGUUGAAAGAGGAGCUGAGGAUAGAAACUGGCAUCAACAGCAACAACGGAAUAUUCCAAUUCAUUCUUGCCCCAAAUGCGGAGAAGUUCUGCCUGACAUAGAUACAUUACAGAUUCAUGUUAUGGAUUGCAUCAUUUAAGUGUUGACAUUUCACCUCCCCCAAACUGUUGGUAAAUGUCAGAUUUUUUUCCUCCAAGAGUUGUACUUCUGUGUGAUUUGUUUUUACUCAAAUAUUUUGGCUCAUUAUGUUUGUUUUAGGAGAAAAAAAAUCUAUUCUAAGUAGGACAUUUUUUUAGAUCUCCAUAAGCCUGCAAAAUAGAAUCCUUUAACAUGCCACUCUUCUGAUAAUAGAUUCUUUUUUUUAUGUUCAGUUUAUGUGAACAAUGAACUGUUUAUGCAUUUAAUGAGCAUGUGACAUCAUGGGACAGAGUAAGUGUAAUGACAUGGAAGAAGCCUCACUGAUAAACUUUAAGAACUUCUCAAGGAGGCAGGAAAAAUGAAGUGGUCACAGAUUUAAUCAAGAGGAGUGUCUCUGAAUUAUUUUUUAAAUAAAUUAUGUUGUUAAUUUUUUUCAUUUAGUACACAUCUCUCUAGCAUUGUGUGAAUGUGUGUAUGUUGUAGUUUUGGUGAAGCCACAGUAAUUCUACCAAAGUUAGGAUAUGGCUCUUUUCCUGUGAGCACUGUGAGCUUACUUGAUCAUCAGAACAAGUGGAAAAAUCCUGGCACACAAAGCAGAUAAAUUAGGUUCACUGAUUUUGUACAACCAUUCACAGUAUAAAAUUGUCUUUGUUCUUUCCUUGUGCUGCAGGUGUAUGGGCUUGUACAGUAUGCAGCUUAUUAAUUUGUAAAAAGAGCAGUUGUCUAUUAAUUUUCCAAGAUCAGGCAAUAUAUUCACAACCACAGCAAUAGUUAUUGCAAAAUUAAAUUUUGCUUACGAAUCUUUCACAUUGUUCAUAUAUGAUUGGCUAAUUUCAUAGGAUGAAUUUUCUAUGUAUUCUGCUUCAUAUAUGCUUAAUAGUUAUUCAGGUCUAUUUUUUAAUUCUGUGAAUAUGAGCAAAUCUCUUUACUAGAGACCGGUAAAUGUUGUUUGAGUUAGAAAUUGUUCUUGCUAAGGAGGUGAAAAGAGGGAUUUGCCAUAUUUUGUAAACCUACAGUUUAUGGAGAUUAACUAAUACUGGGCCAGCCAUAAAAGUAAACAAUAUCCUUAUGCAUCUAAAUCCUAAAACAUUUAGGAGAAAAUGAAAAGAUCUCUUUUUUGUCAUAAAAAUCUCUUCCAGACAAACUUGA